AUGUCGUCCUUCACAUUCGCCCCGAACCAAUACCCCCAGCAGCAACAGCAGCAGCAGCGCGAGAUGCAAAAAAUGAUGCGAGCCUGCGAAGGAUGCCGUCGACGAAAAAUCAAAUGCGAUGCCGCCACUACGAACUCGUGGCCCUGCUCCGCAUGCGUCCGUUUGAAACUCCACUGUGUGCGACCAAACGGCUUCGACAGCGCCGGCGAUCCAACUACUUAUGAGGCCUUCGUCACCCCGGAUCAAUUUCACCAAAUGACCAUGCAGAUGCCUCCGCAAUCGCACCAGAAACAGGAAAUGUACCCUCAAAUGCCCAACUAUACGGAAAAUCCUGCGGGCUUCUAUACCAUUCCCUACGACCCCUCUCAAGCACAACAUGAUAUCAACUACACCACCGUCCCUCCAAACAUGCUCGACCCGGGUUCAUACGUGCAGCAACGCAACUUUCCGCAGCCUUCUUUCAACCAGCCUGGUCAGCCUGGUCAUCCCGGCGCGUCCCCCGAGUCCUACACCACCGAUUCUUAUCAGCAGCAAGAUCUAGCUGAUCUUCUUGGAACGCUCAAGCUCAACGAGGUCGGCACUGCACCUUAUCUACGAAACAAGGCCUCCUUUCGACGUGGCGAGGAACCCGUUGUCGAGGAUGACGAAGAUUACGGCGGUCUCCCACCCAUCCUGUCAGGUUCAGGCUCCAAAAUCCGCAUACCGCCAGAGCUUAUGCCCGACGAAGAGACUGCGCUACAAUAUUUCGAACUCUACUUUACGCACGUGCACCCUUACGUCCCUGUACUAUACAAGCCACACAUCUAUCAUCAAUGGCGUCAUGCGCGUGAAUCCAUUUCGCCCCUCAUUCUCGAGGCCAUAUUUGCCAUUGGCGGCCGGCUCGCCGAGGAGCCUGCCAUGGGCCAGCAGUGGCUUGGUCUCGCCUCAAGACAUGCUGACGCAUUCAUGGAUACGCCCCGUCUUAGCACGCUCCAGGCUCUUCUUAUGAUACUCAAAGCCCGCGAAGCUGCCCCCAAACGUGGCUACUUCUUUCGGUCCUGGAUGACGGUGGUGCAGUGCGUUCAGAUGGCUAAAGAUCUUGGGCUUGAUGAGCACUACGAGGACCAUGAGGACGGUAUUGACUGCGAGCAUAACCCUACCGAUUGCCAUUUGCGCACCCGUAUUUGGUUGACAGUCUUUGCUUGCGAAGUCAUGGUUGGCACGCCUCAAGGCCGUCACGAUCUUUCCGUCAGCAUGGAUACCGUUGAUUUCACCAUUCCAAAGCGCAUGCCUGGUGCUGACGAAUCAGAGUACCAAGUCUCGAGGAAUUUUGUUUACUUUGUCCGUAUCGUUCGUAAUAUCCGGACGAUGAGCACCACAUAUGCAAGGCUGCGGAAGCGCAAAGACUGGGGAAUCGACCCCGAAUUCCAAGAGCUCGACAAGACCAUCACGUCAUAUGUUAGCGAUCUUCCAGCCGACCUCGCCAUUUCUUUCCCAGCCGACAACUCGCCUCCCUGGUUGCCUAAUAGCUUCAUCGGCAACCUGCAUAGCUAUCAUUACCUCACCAUCAUCCUUUAUAACCGACCCCAGCUUUCGUUCCUUGACCCCAAUGCCAACCGUGUUGCAUGGAAGCAACAUAUGUUGCAGAGCUACAACGCUGCUAAGGCUAUUUGCAGACUGCAAGAAGCCAUAAUCAGCAACUUUGGCCUGUCUGGCCUACAGUGUAUGCAGCGUGGAUUCUCAUUUACAGUCUAUGCCGGCUUAUCAUGCAUCGUCAUUCACCUAGUUGCCAUCGUUUCCCCUGAUCCCGACUUGAAUUCGGAUGCUCGGGAGUUCUUCACCAGGCAUAUGCGCAUCAUGGAACAAGUGAUGGAAGUAUGGCCCAUGCCUGAGCUUCAGACUCAGAUCGACACGGUCCGUGAGGCCUUUUCUGCAGAUACCCGCAGGGCGUUCGUCUUAAAGCCAUCUUUCCCUUAUGGGAGCCCACAUCCAUCGAACAAAUCGAGUCCCCCACACAUGCCCAGCGGUGCUUACCACGGCAACCUUGGUAGAAGUGGCUCUCUGGAUCAACACCUCGAUGCACACAGCAGCCUUCGCUAUGUGAGCAACCCUAUCACACCGCCGAUUUCAAGUGAUCCUAUGAGCGUCAAGAACGAAUCGCCCGCUGGCCAUCUUGAGCUUAUGCCGCACGCUGCAACUUCGGCGGCUACCAUGCCGCCGAAUAUGGGACUUGCGGAUCACGUUACAUGGAACCCGUCGCGCAUCUUUGAGCAAUGGAAUAAUACAUUCGCUGUCGAGCCGCCCCAGACCAACAACAAUUCGACGCUUGGUCUGUCACCUGGCGGCUCAGACGUCACUCGCAUGUCUGAUACGCACACGGCGACCUCGGGCAUGGUUGCAAGCGCCCAAAAUACCUCACCUCCACCUUUUGUGCCAAACAUGGCCAACUUCAUCACUCCGGCCAUGUGGCAGGAGUCUGUUGCUAGCGUGUACGAGGGUGGUCUCAAACGUGCCUGGGACCACCAAUAA